AUGGCUGAGAACAAGGACAAGAAGCUGGACUUGUCUUCAUUAAGAAGCAAGAUUUCUUCGAAAUUACAGGACAAUAGUAAUAAAAAUUCAAAGAAGGCACAAAAAAAAAAGAAUGCGAAGGACAGUUCGGAUGGAAAAAAGGUGGAUGAAGACAUACGUCGUGAAGCCUUAGCUCUGGGUGCUAGCGAAGAAGAUCUAGAAUUGAUUCAAGGAUUGAGUGACGAUGACGAUGACGCCCAUAGUGAGCAGGAAUUUGAUGCCGGCGCCGAUGAGGGUACUAACGACAAAGGGUUCAAUAACGACCUUCAGAGUUUCAUGAAGGACAUAGGAUUCGACAAGCACAAACUUGAAGAUGUAGACGAUGAAGAUGGAGAAGACCUUACUAAGUCCGAAGAACCUAAAAAAUCUGUACAAGAAAAGAAAAAUAAACAACAAAAUCACGUAGUCACAACAUCAAAAAAGCAAAGCCAACAAAAAAAUGACGUUGGUGAUGAUGAUGAAGAAGAAGAAGAAGAAGAAGAAGGAGACGAAAAAGAAGAUGCUAACCUUAGUUCAGACCAAGAAUCAGACGCAAAAUCAGCAGAAAAAGAAAAGAAAGAAGAGAAAGAUAGCGAUUUAAUUACCCAGACAACUAUUAUCUCAUCUGACAAACUAAUUAUCCCUUACGACAAACCAUGGUAUCAGAUUCCUCUGGAUUCUCCAGUUGGACAAAGUGAUGAUGUUGAGGAUUUAUCCAAAGAACAAAUUGAAAAACUUUUUGAAAGAGGUAAACAAACUUUGGAAAUUGAUAAUCAAACCUACUAUGACGAGUUCACAAAAGACUCGUCCCAGGCAAAGUUCAUGUCCCAAAUUCUGUCAGACGGUACACUCAACGAUAAAAUAUCUGCUGUGACUUUACUGAUCCAAGAUUCGCCAUUACACAACACUAAAUCUUUAGAAACUCUUGCGUCCUACUGCGGUAAGAAAUCGAGGAAUUCGGCUUUACAGAGUUUAAACGCCUUGAAGGAUUUAUUUUUAAGUGGUCUUUUGCCAAAUAGGAAGCUAAGGUACUUUAAAAAUCAACCAGGUUUAUCAAUGAUGCUGAGUAAAAAAACUCUGGCCGUUUUCUAUUUUGAAGACUACAUAAAAAAAUUGUUUUUUCGUGUUUUGGAGGUCUUAGAAGUGUUGUCUCAUGAUCCAAUUAUUCACGUCAGAUUGCAGGUAUUAAACCAUGUAUUUGAUUUAUUAAGCAAUCAGCCAGAACAAGAAUUCAACUUGCUAAAAUUAGGUGUGAACAAGAUUGGUGAUAUUGAUUCCAAAGUUUCUUCAAAAGCUUCUUACUUAUUAUUAAAGUUAGAACAAGCUCAUCCAAAUAUGAAAUCUGUUGUCAUCGAUGCUAUUGUUGAUAUCGUUUUAAGACCCAACGCUGAUUAUCAUACCACCUAUUAUUCCGUCAUUACUUUAAAUCAAACAAUCUUGAAAAGAUCAGAAGAUUCUGUCGCUAACAAGUUGGUGAAAACAUAUUUUACUCUAUUCGAAAAAUUCUUGAUUAACACCGAUAAAGAUCACGCUGACGGCACUGCAAAGAGCAAUUCAAAGUCAUAUGAAGAGAAGAGGAAGAAGAAUUUCAAAAAAGGUCAGCACGGUGGUAAAUCUGUAAAGAACGAAAAAACAGAAAGCGAAGUUUUGGAUGAAAAGAACUCAAAGCUGUUCAGUGCUUUAUUAACGGGUAUCAAUCGUGCGUUCCCAUUUGCUCAAAUUCCGGCUUCAGUUUAUGAAAUCCAUAUGGAAACUCUUUAUAAGAUCACACAUUCUUCAAAUUUCAACACUUCCAUUCAAGCGCUGGUCUUGAUUAAUCAAGUCACUGUCAAAGCGAAAUUGAAUAGUGAUCGAUACUAUAGAACACUAUACGAAAGUUUAUUUGACCCAAGGUUGGUGAAUUCCUCUAAGCAGGGUAUUUAUUUGAAUUUACUUUACAAAUCAUUAAAACAAGAUGAAUCAAAUGUAGAGCGUGUAGAAGCUUUUGUCAAAAGAAUCCUUCAGGUUUGCUCUCAUUGGAUAAAUGUUGGUACCAUUGCUGGUUUUUUCUACUUAUUGAUCCAAUUGGCCAAAACAGUGCCACAAAUAAAAAACCUUUUAACUAACACGCCAGUCGAUCAUGAGUACGAAUCCGAUGCUGAAGAGGAACCAGAAAACAAAAACAGUAAAAAAAAAGAAUACGAUGGCCGUAAGCGUGAUCCAAAAUUUGCUAAUGCGGACAAGUCUUCAUUAUGGGAGAUUAGUCAAUUCAUUAACCAUUUUCAUCCUACUGUACAAACAUACGCAGGAGCGUAUGUCACAGGAGAAACAGAAGAAAUAUCUAAACCGGACUUGGGCCUAUUCACGUUAUCACAUUUCUUAGAUAGGUUUGUCUACAGAAGUGCUAAGCAAACUAACGCCACAAGGGGUGCAUCUAUCAUGCAGCCCUUGUUUAGUGGUUCACGAAUUAACGACUCUGUUUUGGUCAAGGCAUCAGAUGUUAUGCAUGACCAAAACCCUGUUAACACUGAAGACUGGCUUACUAAAAAGAUCAAAGAUAUCAAACCUGAAGAUAAAUUCUUUUACCAGUAUUUCACCACCAAGAAGACAGCCGAUAGAAAAGGAAAUAAAUCUAACAAGGAGUCUAACUUUGAUAGUGAUGAUGAAAUGAAUGAAGAUGAAAUUUGGAGUGCUUUGGUUAAAUCUAGACCUGAUGUAGAAGAUGAUAGUGACGAAAGUGAGCUUGACUUCGGUGAAGAGGAUUUCAGUGAAUCGAGUGGUGAAGAUGAAGCCAAACUGGAUGUAGUUGACGCGGAAGACGUUGAAAACGAAGACGAUCAAGAUAGUGAUGAGGAAGAGGGUCUCGAUGAGGAUAUAUUCUACAGCUUUGAUGGAGAAGGGAAUACUGGGGACAAAAAACGUUCUCUUGCUGAAAGUGAUGAAGAAGUCGAGGGCAUAGAAGAAGAAAAAGAAGAAGAUAUGGAGGCUGCUGCAAAAAGGGCAAAGAAGAAGCAAAGAAAAAAUAUGCUCAAAAGCUUACCAGUAUUUGCGUCCGCAGAAGAUUAUGCUCAAUAUUUAGAUCAAGAUUCAGAGUAG